UAAUUUUUUUUAAAAAAAAUAAAAAUGCCAAAAAGUGCAAUAAGUAGCAGCAAUACGGAGCAGGGAUCGGAGGAUCACACCAAACUACGUCGUCAUGAUUCUCUUGACCUUGAAUCCUCUCGUGUUAAAGGCCAAUGCCCUGCUCAUCAUUCUGCCAAGGAAGCAAGUUGGGGAGUGGUGCUAAGUUUGGCAUUUCAAAGUAUAGGAGUAAUCUACGGAGAUAUUGGUACGUCGCCAUUGUAUGUGUAUGCAAGCACUUUCUCUAAAGGAAUUAAACAUAAAGAUGAUAUUUUAGGCGUUCUUUCUCUCAUUUACUACACUAUUACCUUGCUACCUGUCAUCAAAUAUGUCUUCAUUGUACUAAGGGCCAAUGAUAAUGGAAAAGGUGGAACAUUUGCCUUGUAUUCUCUUUUAUGUCGAAAUGCAAAAGUUGGGUUACUCCCUAGUGAGCAAAUUGAAGAUCAAGAAGUAUCAAACUACCAACUUGAGUUGCCAAGCAAACAAUUAGGAGUUUAUUUAAAGCUCAAAAACUUUUUGGAAAAGAGUGUAAUAUCCAAAUACAUUUUAUUGCUUGUCACAAUGCUUUCAACUUCCUUGGUUAUUGGAGAUGGUGUUCUUACUCCCUCUAUCUCAGUAUUAUCGGCUAUUGGAGGACUCAAAAAAGCUUCACCCAUUUUUACCGAGGGGAGGGUUGUUUGGAUAUCAAUUGCUAUCUUGAUUCUUCUAUUUACAGCUCAAAGAUUUGGGACAGACAAAGUAGGAUAUAGUUUUGCUCCAAUAGUCAGUGUUUGGUUUUUACUUAAUGCUGGAAUUGGCGUCUAUAAUUUUAUUAAAUAUGACCCUGCCGUCAUUAAGGCAUUAAAUCCAUGGUAUAUUAUUCAGUAUUUUAAAAGGAAUGGUGGUGAAGCUUGGAUCUCCCUUGGUGGUGUAUUUCUUUGUGUCACAGGGACAGAAGCACUAUUUGCGGAUCUAGGACAUUUUUCAGUUAGAUCAAUUCAAGUAAGCAUGUCCGCAAUUACUUAUCCCACCCUAAUGAUAACGUACUCUGGACAAGCCUCUUUCCUUCGUUUGCACCAAAAUCAAGUUAGCAAUACUUUCUAUGAUGCCAUACCAGGUCCAUUGUACUGGCCAGUGUUCAUAGUAGCGGUAUUCGCAGCGAUCAUAGCAAGUCAAGCCAUGAUAUCAGGGACAUUCUCAAUCAUCCAACAAUCACUUGCGUUAGGAUGUUUUCCACGAGUCACAGUUGUUCACACAUCGGACAAACAUGAAGGACAAGUUUACAUACCAGAACUCAAUUAUGUCCUUAUGAUUGCUUGUGUUGCUGUUACUCUUGGUUUCAGAACAACUGAAAGUAUUGGUCAUGCCUAUGGCAUUGCUGUGGCAUUUGCGGAGGUGAUCACAUCCCUAUUCAUAAUCCUAGUAAUGUUAGUAAUAUGGAAGAAACACAUAAUACUAGCCAUGAUCUACAUAUCUUGCAUUUCAUCAGUAGAAUUACUCUACUUAUCUUCAGUCCUCUACAAAUUUCCCCAUGGAGGAUACUUCCCUGUGGCACUUGCUACCAUCUUCUUAACCCUAAUGAUCAUUUGGAAUUACGUGUACCGCAAGAAAUACUUUUAUGAAUUAGAACACAAAGUUUCACCAAACACCCUUAAAGAUCUAGCCAAUACAACCAAUAUUAGUCGUAUUCCUGGUUUAGCCAUCUUUUAUUCGGAGCUUGUUAAUGGUAUCCCUCCAAUUUUCGGACAUUAUAUUGAUAAUAUACCUGCGUUACAUUCUGUCCUUGUUUUCUUGUCGAUCAAGUCAUUGCCUAUUAGUACGGUCCCACUUGAAGAAAGGUUUCUUUUUCGUAGGGUUAACCCUAAGGACUUGUAUGUGUUCCGGUGUGUAGUUAGGUAUGGUUAUACGGAAUCUUGUCAAGAAGAAGAACCGUUUGAGAGGUUGUUGGUUGAGAAACUUAAAGAGUUUAUUAAAGAUGAUUAUUGGUAUCAAGCGCAAAUGGAAUAUCAAUACGAUGAAGAAGAAGAUGAAGAUGGAAUUAUUAAUAAUGUGAAUGUGCUAAGUAGGGCUAAUGAGGAAGCUUUACAAGGAGAGAUGGAGUUGGUUGAUAAAGCGUGGCGUUCUGGAGUUGUUCAUAUGAUGGGUGAAAGUGAAGUAAUCGCUACUAAAGGUUCUGGGUUUGGAAAAAGAAUUGUGAUUGAUUCGGCUUAUAAUUUUUUGAGGAAGAAUUUGAGACAAAGUGAUAAGGUUUUUAAUAUUCCUAGGAAGAGAUUGGUGAAAGUUGGGAUGACAUAUGAGCUCUAAAUACGUAUGAUAAUACUUUAUUUACGUACUUCAACAAGAAACAGUAUUCUUUUGAUGAAUUAACGCAUCAUAGUGUAUGAAUAAAUAUGAAUAAGUCUUUUGAUAUACUCAAAACAAGAAUGAUUCUUAUUCUCCAUUGUAAUGGUCUAGUAAAUAAGCUAAGUUUUGUUUUCUAUA